GUGCGUGUCAGCUGACGGCUGCAGAUGGAGGGAGCGGGCGACAUCUUGGAUGCAUGAGUGAACGGUGAUCGCAGCUUUUCUUGCCUGAAACACGGUUCAAACUUCAAACACUCUCAAUAACCCAGAGUCCCUAUCAAAACCGAACACAUCUGUCUCUGUUGAGCCAGUCCGGUCCAGAGGGACACACAGAGACACACACACAGUUUUUUAAAAUGGCUUGUGAACACUGAGACCACCACCAUGAUUGGAGGACUCUUCAUCUACAACCACAAGGGCGAGGUGCUGAUAUCCCGUGUCUACCGUGAUGACAUCGGGAGGAAUGCGGUGGAUGCAUUCCGUGUGAACGUGAUCCAUGCACGUCAGCAGGUACGCUCACCCGUCACCAACAUCGCCCGCACCAGCUUCUUCCAUGUCAAACGCUCCAACAUCUGGCUGGCUGCCGUCACCAAGCAGAAUGUCAACGCAGCCAUGGUGUUCGAGUUCCUCUACAAGAUGUGCGAUGUCAUGGCCGCAUAUUUUGGCAAGAUCAGUGAGGAGAACAUCAAGAACAACUUUGUUUUGAUCUACGAGCUGCUGGAUGAGAUCCUGGAUUUUGGAUACCCCCAGAACUCUGAGACUGGAGCCUUGAAGACCUUCAUUACUCAACAGGGUAUUAAGAGCCAGACGAAAGAGGAGCAGUCUCAGAUUACCAGUCAGGUCACUGGACAGAUCGGCUGGAGACGUGAGGGCAUCAAAUAUCGCCGCAAUGAACUCUUUCUGGAUGUACUGGAAAGUGUCAAUUUGCUGAUGUCACCGCAAGGUCAGGUGUUGAGUGCCCAUGUCUCAGGGCGGGUGGUGAUGAAAAGCUAUCUGAGUGGAAUGCCAGAGUGCAAGUUCGGCAUGAAUGACAAGAUCGUCAUUGACAAGCAGGGCAAAGGUGGCACUACUGAUGACACAGGCAAGAGUGGGAAACAGUCCAUAGCGAUCGAUGACUGCACGUUCCACCAGUGUGUCCGUCUCAGCAAGUUUGAUUCUGAGCGCAGUAUUAGCUUCAUCCCUCCCGACGGAGAGUACGAGCUCAUGAGGUACCGCACCACUAAAGACAUCAUCCUCCCCUUUCGGGUCAUUCCAUUGGUCCGAGAGGUCGGCCGCACCAAGUUGGAGGUAAAGGUGGUGAUCAAGUCCAACUUCAAGCCCUCACUGCUGGCACAGAAGAUAGAGGUGCGCAUUCCCACUCCACUCAACACCAGUGGGGUUCAGGUCAUCUGCAUGAAGGGGAAAGCCAAGUACAAGGCCAGUGAGAACGCCAUCGUUUGGAAGAUCAAGCGAAUGGCUGGUAUGAAGGAGUCUCAGAUCAGUGCUGAGAUUGAGCUGCUGCCCACUAAUGACAAAAAGAAGUGGGCUCGACCACCCAUCUCCAUGAACUUUGAGGUACCCUUUGCUCCGUCAGGGCUGAAAGUGCGAUACCUGAAGGUCUUUGAGCCAAAGCUGAACUACAGCGACCACGAUGUCAUCAAAUGGGUGCGUUACAUCGGUCGCAGCGGCAUCUAUGAGACGCGCUGCUAACAGCAGCCCCUCAUCACGGAGAGAGUGGGAGACAUAUAAAUGGAGGAAGGGUAGAAUGGAGCUAUUCAUUGUCUCACUCUCCCCUCCCUUCCUCAACUUUUUAUACUGGGCUCUGAUCACCCUGAAAACAUCAACCAAGGAAAACAAAAACAAGAGAAUAUCCAAAACUUCUCAAAUCUGAGCUGAAGCAAACUAGUCUUGCAUGGUAAAACAGAUCAAAUAAAGUUUUUUUCUGCAGUAUAAAAAAAAUAUUAAAAAAUCUUUAUUUUCAAGAACCUCCCCCAUGAGAAAUUCUCUUGUAACCCCCACUCAUUUCUCCUCUAAUUCUUCCACUACAUGCAUUCCAGACUCCCAGUCCCCAUUGAAUCCCAGCUAAUGUGGGGCUCCGGCCCCUCUUCAUCCCAUGAUUAGCGCUGAACCUCUGUUCCUGCUCGAAGGCGGUGUCCGGAUGGCUAUUUCCCCAUCCCAUAUUUACACCAGAGUUCUGUUGUUCCUAUCUGCUUAUGUGAUCUCUAGUGUAGACGGACCCAAGAAAAAUUUUAAUUCAUUUAUAUAGUGGUCCUUACUUUGAGUAUUAGUUUGGUAUUGUCCUCAUCCUUGUUAUCAGUAAAUUGGUGUAAACGUUAAGCCAGUGGCCCCACAAUGUUUUUGAGCGUAAACAUUGUCCAUCCGAAAAUAUUUAUUUUACAUAUGCAGAUGUUGAAUUAUCUGCUUUCCAUUUGUAUUUUGUCUCGGUGUAAGACAGUUUGAGGAAAUUGAGGGGUGAGAAUGCUUAAAUUAAAGCAACGAAAGAAACUAAUGCUCAAGUCCAGCUGUAUGUAUGCAUAUACGCUAUAUAGACUAAGAUGGUGUAAAAAGAGAACAAAACCACAAAGGCUGUUUAGAGGAGUUUUAGUUUCAUUUGGUGUCAUAUAGUGGAGUCUUAUUUGGCCGGUGUGUGUGCAUGCAUACGUGUGUGUGUGUGUGUGUGUGUGUGUGUGUGUGUGUGUGUGUGUGAGAGAGAGCCUCUGAAUCAGGGGUCCCCGACAUCUCUCAUGGAAUUAACAUUUGUGGCUUUUCCUCUUUGUCACACGUUUCAUCCUCUUUUACCACUUUGUUUGCUAAAUAACAGUUUGAGUUGAGUUGCUCAAAUGCACAGUCAUUCCUUACAUCAGCAAAAUCUCUCCCUGUAUUUCAACAUUUCCCCUGAGACAACUUUGUAAGGAAGUCUUUGCCAAACCUGUUACUCCUGGAGGCCCUCUAACUACAUAUUUUAAAUAUUUCCUAAUUAAACAUCGGAAUCAACUCAUCAGGGACUGGAUGUACAAAAUAUUAUGCAAAAAUUCAAGUUCUUAUGAUAAAUUGAAGGCAUCUUGCUAUAAACGUUGAUGGUUUAAGAAAAAGAUAACAUUCUUAAGAAGUCUUUUUUUUUUUUUCUUAGGUUAGAAAAUAAGUUAAGAAUUUUAUUCUGAAGAAUGUCAUGUAAGGGAGACUUUUAAAAAUGUGUACUGAUGGAGGAGCCUCGAGGAACAACUCAAAGGAAUGUUCUGUGUUCAAUGCAAGUUAAGCAGUGCAGUCAACAGCAUUUGUAGCAUAAUUUUGACUACUACAAAAAAUACCUUUGACUCACCUCUUGCUUAAAAAAAUCACAUUUACAGUGAAGGAUUUACAAUGGAAGUGAAUGGGGCCAGUCUGUAAAUGUUAAAAUACAUGUCAAAAGUACAGCCACAAGCUGUAAACAUUGUGUUAACAUGAUUUUAGUGUGAUAAAAUUUCAGUUCUAUGUGAUUUUAGUGUGUCAAAAUAGCUUACAGGGUUUACAGCAAUGCAUUGUCAUGGCAACAAAGUUGUAAUAUUGGAUGUAACUUCACACUCAUGGUUAGUAAGCGAUUUUGUCACACUAAUCAUCUUAAUACUUAACGUUAAGCUUCACUUGCCUUUUAAAGGAAUACACCUUUAAAAGCCACAUUUCACUAAAUUCUUCAGAAGAGGGACUAGAAUAUUAGGGACUCCUUCAUAUUAUUGCUACAUAUGAUUUCCAAACCUCUAUCCUUAGUUCUAAAUUAAGCAAGAGAUUUUGGAGAUGCCAAAAUAUAUAAAGGCAAAGGUAUUUCAGGUUGAACGGCACAGAAAUGGAAGCAUGUCUGUCCUCUGCACUUCUGUGCAAGCACUUGUGGUGUCUACUUUGUUUCAAGCAACACUACAAAAGCGACCCUACAGAUUUUUAAGUGUGCGUCUGUUUACCACUUGUGUCUUAACACUUAUACCGUCUGACCUCAGUGUGUUUCAGCUCUGAGAGAUGAUGAGGCUCCUUGGAGCUCCUUAAGCUACAGUGUAUCGUCUUCAUUUGGUAUCUUUGUGACUGUUGUCUUAAUCCUAAUAAAAAUGUGUAAUCAAUCACUCUUA